AUGAUAGUGUUGGCACUGGUGGCAGAGGACAGCAGGGUGCUGGCAGAGUCACACGAUGCUGAGCACGCGCGGUUUUUGACUGCGGCAUCAGCGAUCCUCGGCAAGAUUGAUUCGCACACCGCGUCGCGUCUUUCGUACGCAUAUGAAUCGUGGUUCUUUCACUACAUUGCCGAGGACGGGCUUGUGUUUUUAGCUGUGAGCGAUGCAGACUCAGGAAGGCGUGUUUCGUUCGCGUUUCUUGCACAGCUACAGAAGGAGUACAAUGCCAUGCCGCCGAGCGCGAAUACUCAGCCUAAGCUGGAUGCACUCCGAGCACAAUUUAACCAAAGCCCCGACUCGGAUCCUAUUAGGCGCGCGCAGUCGGAGUUGGGAAGUGUCAAGGAUGUGGUUACACAGAAUAUGGAGCAGAUCCUGAGCCGCGGCGAGCAGAUCGAGUUGCUGAUGGACCGCACGGAUACUGCUGCGAACCAAUCGCUUGCGUUCCGUCGUAGGGCUGUCGGACUGCGCCGCGAGAUGUGGUGGCGGAACAUGCGCGUGGUUGGAAUUGUUGCAUUCUGUGCCGUGCUCCUCUUGUAUUUUAUUAUUUCGUCGUUGUCGUAG